UACAAGACCGAGUUGUGCAGGAGUUGGGAAGAGAAAGGGAGUUGCAGGUAUGGGCUCAAAUGCCAGUUUGCGCACGGCGAGGAGGAGGUCAGGAAGGUUGCAAGGCACCCCAAGUACAAGACUGAGAUUUGCAGAACCUUCUGGGUUUCGGGCUCGUGUCCAUACGGAAAGCGCUGUUGUUUCAUUCAU